UCUGCACGCGUCCUAUUUGGGCCCUGUUAGACGUGGAGAUGCAUGUGGAAAGGAGUCGCGACCAUCCGCUUGACAUUAUAGUUUCCGAGUGGUGGUACACUGCCGGAUUCGAUGCAUUUCUUCAUCCCGUCCUUCCCUAUAUACACCGUUGGCACAGCCUUACCAUCCACACAUGAUAACACUCCUGUCCUCGAUCAAUUAAUUCUCCAAAAUUGUCGCCUUCCAAAGAGUUUGCUCCCUUCUCUGGAAAAGCUGACGACCCUUACGCUCUGCGGAGAGAUAGGUCACUGGCAACUCGAACCACAGUCUCUUCGUUUACCAUUGCUGAGAUCGCUCACAAUAGACAUCGACAAUCCGAGCAUGCUAGUGAAGGCGAUCGUAGCCCCGGAACUUUCUUGCUUUGAUUUCAAUUUUGAUGAAUUGGCCGCAGUUUUCGGCGGGAUUCCUUCCGCAUUCAACAAGGUUCAUUAUGUUUGUCUCCGCUCUUCGACUAGGGACCCCAUUGCAACAGUGUGCCAGGCGUUCCCUAAUGUACGCCACUUCGAAAUGGGAGAACAUACGUCUUGGAAGGGGCAGUCAACGAACUUCGAGAAUGGUUCCGGCGACGAAAACAGACGGAAAAACCAUUACAUGUGCGGUUCACGCGUAUCAAGCAUCCUACGUACUAGAAGAGGACAGGACGCCUUCUUUCAAUGCUUCAUGAUGCAUUACGCGAAUAUUGUACCUUCGAGGUCGACCGGUUCCCAAUCAUGCAGCAAACGAAGGUGACUUCUUUGACUCGUACACUUCACAUGGAUCUCCCGGGCGUUCCAUCUUGCGUUGUCAAUAUGCGU